AAGAGAACGAGACACACACACAGCAGCCAAGCAUGGGCGGCGGCGGGAGGGGGGCGGCGCCAGGGCUGGGGGGCAUGGCGGCGAGGAAUCUUCAGGAGAGCGAGGAGGUGGAGGCGGAGGAGGCGCAGGAGAGGCGGCGUGUGGAGGAGCGGGUUUGGGAGCACCUGGCGUCCGUGUGCCCCCCCGAGCCCCACACCCACGCCGCCACGCACGCCCGCAGACCCCCCGCCCACCCCGUUAUCCUACCCCACAACAUGUCCUCUCUGGUCCUGCCCUCUGUUGACAUUGGUCGUCGAGGAAGUGGAGGAGAGGGAACAGGCGGAGGAGGCGGAGGAGAAGGAGGGUCCGAGGUGGAGGAGGCGUACCUGACCACGGGCGGGGACUACGGUCGCUUCCCCCGCGGGUGGGCGGGGCUGGGGCGGCCGCCCACCUGCCACACCCUCAGCACCGCCUUCACCCACCACCUCGCCGCCGCCGGCAUGUUCAGGAACCACUCCCUCAACCUGUGACCACGAAAACACGUUACCGACAUGUAAUUGACACGUUACCAACACGUUAUGAGUAUGUUAACACGUUACAAACAAUUUAUGAAUAGCUUAACGAGUUGCCGACCCUACAAUUUUUUUUUUUACAACAAAGGAGGCAGCUCAAGGGCACAGCAAACAAAGUAAUAAUAGUUUUCAAAGUAAUAAUUCUAAGUUACAAACAAAUUAUUUACACGUUAGUGAUACGCUAUGAAUAUGUUAACACGUUAUCAACACGAUAAACAGGUUGAAAACACAAAGUAAUAACAUGUUUUAAAGCAAUAAGGUAAUAACACUAUUUACACGUCACGAACAUGUUACCGACGAUAUAUUAUAUUAAACGACUACAAAAAAUAACACGUCAAUUUCUAGCAAGUUACAAAUACGUUUAUAAACCUCUCCCUUAACCUCUGCCUGCCUGAUACCCUCUGAACACCUUCCUACACCUCCCUGACCUCUGCCUGCCUUGUGAUGUUACGAACUACCAGUCACCAUCAAUAACCUCACUGUUAACACUACCAAUUUCAAACAAUACUAGCCUUUUUUUAACACGCACUGAAACGUUUCUCACACUACUUAUUAACCCCGUAACACUUGAUCCCGUGACGCCCUAACACCCUGAAACGACUUUAUCACUACUAACAUGUUUCUUUUUCUAGCACGUUACAAAUACGUUUAUAAGCCUCUCCCUUAACCUCUGACUCCCUGAUACCCUCUGAACACCUUCCUACACCUCCCUGACCUCUGCCUGCCUUAUGAUGUUACGAACUACCACAAUCACCAUCAAUAACCUCACUGUUAACACUACCAAUUUCAAACAACACUAGCAUUUUUUUUUAACACACACUGAAACGUUUCUCACACUUUAUUAACCCUUAACACUUGAUCCCGUGACGCCCUAACACCCUGAAACGACUUUAACGCUACUAACAUGUUUCUUUUUCAGCACGGUAGUAACAUGCAUGAACAUAUUUUUGUUAACUUCGAUCACCUCUAACUUCGUACUAGCACCUUGAAAUUGAUAGUAACACGUUACUUCAGCGGUUAGUACACUUCUCCCCCUCCCCAUGCAUGUCACCGCUCGCCGGUCGUCAACGCGUUUCUAACACGCUUGUAAACUGAUUCCGUGACUCACAACACCGCCAUCCAUUCUACUUAGUACAUUUUUACUGGUCCUUGUCUACCUCUAAACUUUUCAGCAACUUUCACUAUCAUUAACACAUUGUUAACACAUCAUAAGCACGUGUAUUGACUUUUCUUAACUUUAUACUUCUAAACUCCUAACAAAUUAACAAAAUGUUUUGAACACGCAUGUAACACGUUCAUGGAUAAUCGUAUCAGUAUUGUUACUAUCUGUUACUAACCAGACGUGGGUAUUAGUAAUAUGUUAUAGUAACUAAUCAAUUGAGGGGACAUAUGCCUGGCGUCACCUCGCCCACCCUCCGAGCAAGUCCUUCCCAUCCUCAGUCCUUCCAUCCUCACUUGCUCAACUCACUAACUGUGUGGGCGACCCUCGGCCUCGGGGUUGUCUCUCACUGAAACAGCCCGGUGAGCAGGGACGGCUGCCCGUAUAGCUGUAGUUGGCGUUGGUCUAUGCAGGUAACAGACCUCUUAUCAGAUUCACGGAGUAGUUGUCGGUUUGACACAAAGUCAUUCCAGCGAUAUGCGUAGACACUUAUAACCAAAGGCAUCAGUCCGCCCCUCCAAGUCGUAGUCAGCGUCCAUGUCUCACAAGACAGGGAGCACGAGUAACCUGAAGAUCCGGAUUUUUGUCCUGCACAGGUAUCGACAACACCAUGGACAUGUCAGUGCUGAGCAAGGCCAUAACACCGCGGGCCGGCCACUCCUUUCUGACGUUACAAACAAGAUAUGAACAUUUCAACGCGUUGUUCUGCACUACGCUAUUACAAGACCAUUGCCGAGGCUUAAAUUGAUAGAAAUAACAAUUGUAACCCAUCACAUUUUUAUUUUGUAGAUGUACUAGUUAGAGGGCGAGGUAGUACAUUUUUUUAUUACAGGUCAGACUCAUUGCCUUUUAACUUCCUUUGCAAUUAAUGAAUUAUUCCUGACAUUCUACAAAGAAAAUACCUGUAGAGCGAAAAAUAAUAAAUUAUAUGAUAUGA